UACCGCAUACAACUUCAAUAUACUUGUAACAAGGUAUCCAGCAUCCUCAUUGUUCUGGUGUCUUACCUGCUACAAUUAAGGUGCAUUAUUUGAUUGCGGUAUUCUCAAGAUGUCGUUCUUUCUGGCGUUUUGUCUCUUUGUGGGUUAUGCGAUAGCGAGGCUCGAUCAUAUGCGUCUCUUAUGUACUGCCUUACUGCAUGCCAUCAAAAAUUUCCAGGCUCCCUUUACUGCGAAUUCGAAGCAGAAGGUCGCCUUCCAGCGGCGGUCUCGAGUGAUACAGACGAAGAAGCUGUACCUUUUUCUGAAAUAUGUCAAUGAGGUGGACACCCCAGAAGCACUUAACAACCUACUCACCUACGUGGCCUACCCUUAUUUCAUCUUUCUGGCAUCCAUUGUAUGGAUUCUCACAAUCAGAAGAAACGAAAUGAAGUGGGAUCCCCAUGGCCCCUUGGUUGCCGAAAUCAGCUCAUCCUGGUCGGCCGCAAAGAUGCGAACGUUAAAAUUCCUGGCGGUCGUUGUCGGAUCGUUCAGGUGGAGGGAGAAGCAGACUGCUCGUGCGGAUGUCAUUCCUAACAAGACUCUUGCGCUGUACAUUCGGCAGGCUUCCUGGCAGCAAUCGGGUACGGAAUGUCUACUGUGCCACAACUUGAUCUGGACCAAGGAGAAAGUACUCUACCUGCCCUGCCCCAAGUGGCAUAUAUUCCACAAUGACUGCGCGAAAGGAUUUGUGAGCACGCAACGACGAUGUCCAGUUUGUCACGAGAUGGUCUUUGGGAAAGAUGGCAGCCCGCUGUGUUUGCACACCGGCAAGACAACGUCUAAGAAGCAGGCAAUGGCUAAGAACACUGCUCCAGAAGAGGACGAGCCCCCAGAAGAGUUGAUGGAGGACGACACGCCUAGCAAGAAGAAAAAGAAGCAGAAGAGGAACAAGAAGAUUAAGAAUAUGAACAGGCUACGGAGGCGUGGUAAGUAGAUCAAUGGGACGGUCCAUGGAUGAAUUCUGCGAGUAUGUUUGGACUUGGACGCGGAGACACUCUUGGAAAGGUACCACCAGUCUGAUGCAGAGUUUGGAAAGCAGAUAGCCGGUCUUUUUCGCAGCUUCAAAUUGGUAACUGUGUCCAUGAUCGAGCAGUGUGUAUGGCACCUUCCUCGGCCUGAAAGUCAUAAGCAUUGGCU